CAGCAGGAACAGUUGUAUCUUAAAACAUUCCAGUGUCAAGAAGUAUGCAUAUCUGUUUUAUGCAUUAUAUCUCUAAAUGGUCCAUACUUAAUUACCAAUAUUUUGCAGAAAGCAAAAGAAAAUUUUGGAGUCCCUUGUUACAGUAAGUAUCGAAAAUUUGACCAUUUUCUCUGAGAACUCCACCAUGGCGUUUGCUGAUGUACUAACAAGAACGAUCGGACCUCGAGCUAUGCAGCAAAUUAUGUCUUUUAAUAAUAAAACUGUAGUGGAUAAAGUACCUCCGGAUAUGAUGUAUUUAAUCGAUCCACAUUGGUAUCAGUUUCCACCGAUGGAUCCAAUGUGGCACAAAAUUUUAGGCCUUGUGAUGAUUGUGUUAGGGUUUAUGGGAUGGUGCGGUAAUGGUGUUGUAGUAUAUAUAUUCUUGAUGACACCCUCCUUAAGAACACCGAGCAAUCUUCUAGUGGUAAAUUUGGCAUUUUCGGACUUUAUUAUGAUGAUCAUUAUGACGCCUCAUAUGGUGAUCAACUGCUAUUAUGAGACCUGGGUGUUAGGAUUGCUAAUGUGCGACAUACAUGCUAUAGUUGCUUCUUUAUGUGGAUGCGCUUCAAUAUGGACUAUGACUGCUAUUGCUUUGGACAAAUACAAUGUUAUAGUAAAGGGUAUGGCGGGAAAGCCACUCACCAUCAAGAAAGCACUACUCGAAAUUUUAAUAAUCUGGCUCUUCGCUUCAAUAUGGGCAAUCUUGCCCAUGGUGGGAUGGAAUAGAUAUGUACCAGAAGGCAAUAUGACCGCUUGUGGUAUAGAUUAUCUUACCAAGGAUUGGAGUUCCAAAUCAUACAUCUUGGUGUACUCGAUAUUUGUAUAUUAUACGCCGCUGUUUACUAUAAUUUACAGUUAUUAUUUUAUCGUUUCGGCAGUAGCUGCUCAUGAAAGAACAAUGAGAGAACAAGCUAAGAAAAUGAAUGUUCAAUCUUUGCGAUCUGGAGAUAAUCAAAAUAUAAGUGCAGAAGCAAAACUGACAAAGGUGGCACUAAUGACCAUUUCUUUGUGGUUUAUAGCAUGGACGCCAUAUCUGGUUAUUAAUUAUGUCGGCAUUUUCGGUGUUGCUAAAAUUAGUCCUCUUUUCACCAUCUGGGGAUCUCUCUUUGCAAAGGCAAACGCUAUAUAUAAUCCAAUUGUUUAUGGAAUAAGUCAUCCAAAAUAUAGAGCAGCACUAAAGGAAAAAUUACCUUUCUUUAUAUGUGGCUCGACUAAAGACCCAUCUGCGGCUGCGAAAACUGCAGAAACGUCAUCUACUAUAAUUACAACAUAAUUCCAAGAGAAUAAUGUAAUUUCUAUAUAUUGUGAUAUAUGUUUAGGGUCUGUUUCUUGAGGAAACGAAUCAAUAAUCAAUAUUAGACAUAUUAUACACACACGUGUGUGUGUGUGUGUGUGUGUUUAUAUGAUAAAUGUAAAACAUGUAAUUUGUAAAGCUUCAAUAAUCGGCGAUUAUGCAAAAAGCUACAUAUAUGGAAACUUUGAAUGGGCUGAUUCCAUGAUACGCUGUAUGUGAUGAAUUCUCAUUUUAUUUCAAAUCUUCUCUUUUGUUCUUUACUUUUAUUGCAGGUGAUUAAAUAGUUGCAGGAAUAAAUAAUAGAAGGCAUUUAGUGUCAAUUGUAUUAGAUAUAAGGGUAUUAUUCAAUAAAUCAUUUGGCAUGUAAUGAUUUAG